CGUCCUCUUGCGUGCAUCGGUUUUGGCUUUUUGCUGUCAAAAGGCCGAAUUUGUAGCGAGCGAAGAUCGUAGAUCUAAUAGGGCGAACAUCAGGUCCCCUUCUCCUGACGCUAGUUCUCCUUGAUGCCCUCCUUACUCGAUCGACCGCUUUGCUCCACCGGUCUACAAGUCAUCGUUGGCAUGUCGUCGACUUUCGAACACCAUUUUUCAACGAGUAUACCUUAACGAAGGAGUGGAGUGGAGUCGCCUUCCUUUGUUCCGCAAGAGAGAGAGAGAGAGAGAGAGAGAGAAGGUCGGAGCCCACAAUUGUGUCAGUGCAACUGGUGCCGGAACGUAUACAGGAAUACAGUAUGGCACUCAGAAUAUCCAAUCGCUUGUGCUCUUUCAGGGAUAUGUUCUUGAGCUCGACUUUCUCCGGAUCCUUCCUUCAGUAGCUCACUUUGAACCUGUAACCACAAGCGCAAGAUUUCCAGGAGCAGCAGCAGGAACAAUUUUCGACUAAGGAGAACGACAUGCAAUUUUGAAUAUCUUACAAGCUUUGCGAACUUCGAAUUGGUUCGUAUAGCUUUGGGAAGAGCGGCAAGACUGUGACUUGGUGCAUGAGCUUGAUGUAUGGAGCUAUGGUAGGUCUGUAUGUACAGACCUGCCAUUGUGGUACAUAAUCCUUUGACUCGAGUGACGGACCACUUUGGAAGGUUGGCGUUACGAACCAUGACAGUCACAGUGACUCCAGUGUGCUGCUGAGUCCAGCGAGUGCAGCCUCCAGUUUUUCGCAAAUUCGGACUUGUCAGUAAGGUCGAGAGUACAUAUGCUUCGGCUUCCGGUCGACAAAUCAAAGACAUGGUCUGCUGAAUCGAAUCACGUUGCCGUCUGCACAUCAUCCGUCCAUGUGCACGCCAAGUGUGUUCACGGGGGGUGCCGAAUGUGCCACUGCUGUCGCCAUCACUCUUUUCCUGCCGCAGGCUGCUUUAUGUUGUGACCAUGGAAUCACCAUAACUAUCAACAGGAAAAGGACCUGCAAAGAUGAUCCUGCUCGUGCUCGGCGCAGGAUGUAGAUGAGCUGACGAAACGACGUCGACAGCGCCAGCGAGGUGAAAGCUGGAUCGCGAUGACGGCUACAAACUUCGACGUUCGGUCGAUGUAGCAGGCUUUCGUGAUCGGCCACCCAAUCGGAAUCGCAACAACCAAUUCUGAAGCUGCGUACGAGCGAGAGCUUACGCGGUUCAUCGCUGCGAAGGUUGGCGCUGUCUCUCCGAAUACUGUGAUCGAGGUCUAGUGCUGCGCAAGGCAGGGAAGAAGGGGAAGAGAGACUUGCAGAGAAGUCCGCUCGUUCCGGAGCGAUUUCGAACAAGUUGUCGAGGAUGGUUUCGAGAGUGCCAGUGUUGAUGCAUAUGCUUGUUAUGCUCUGCUGUCUCUCGGAGUUUGCAGUGUCUCACAUCAGUGCACGCAAUGCUGAGCACCGGGCUCGAGCUCGAGCUCAACUUCAAGAUCACGAUCGGGAUCAGGCCAGAGCCAGACCAUUCUCCGACAAGUCGAAAGGGUGGUUCCAGAUCGGGGAAGGUCUAGCACGCGCACCCGCACCCAACCCCAGCCCCGGCCCCGGCCCCAUGGGAUUCAUCCCUCUGCGUAGCAAAUAUUCCCGAGCAGGUCUUCAGUUUCUGCGCAGGCUGCCCUCGCUUCCGGUAUCAGGCAAACACCAUAUGCGAGCAUUUCACAAGCCGCCGAUAAUAGUCGACACCGGUUCCGACGAGAACCGCGCAUUCCAAGUUCUGGCGGCUGCUUCCACCGAUUCCCAGUCAGCAGUCGGGUCGGGAGACGGCUCGGGCCGAAGCGAUGCCCGACUGAGGCUGGAGGUCGUCAUCGGACUGGCGAUCGGCAUCCCCAUUUUCCUGGCCGCGCUGCUGGUCGCCUGGCUCUGGUUCAAGUUCUGCCAUCGACCUCGACACGAAGGGCUCACCGGAACAACCGGUCCUCCAGCCCGUCGGCCGGAGUCCGAAGCAGAUCCCAGCGCAAAUGAGAAGAGCAAGGUGCAGCAACUACUGUGUUCGUGGUUCACGGCGUCGACGCGGCCCAAGCGGCAGGCGGGGUGGCCGUCGUCGGCUUGCGAGAUGCAGUACGCGACACUGGCCGCGGCCACCAACAACUUCAGCCCGGCCAACGUGCUGGGCGAGGGCGGCACCAGUCGCGUCUUCAGAGCGAAACUGGACGACGACGCGUUCGCUGCCGUCAAGCGACUGGAGAGUGCGUGCGAUCGUCUGCGCGCCGGUUCGCAAUUUCAGUCGGAAGUGGAACUCAUGCGACAAGUGAGGCACCCGAAUCUGGUGUCUUUGCUCGGAUACUGUAGGCAUGGAGAUCAGAGGCUUCUUGUGUAUGAACUGAUGCAGAACGGAUCUCUUGAGGACCAGCUCUACGGUCCGAGCAAGGGAUCAGCACUGACAUGGAACCUGCGGGUCAAAAUUGCUCUGGAAUCGGCACGGGGACUGGAGUAUCUGCACGAACAUUGUGUCCCUCCAGUUGUACACAGGGACCUGAAAGUAUCCAACAUUCUACUCGACGGAAAAUUCAACGCCAAGAUCUCCGAUUUUGGGCUAGCAACACCACUUGAAGGUCUGACACGUGAGGAGAGCUUACAACUCAUCGGCACCAUCGGCUACGUUGCUCCAGAGUUCUUCGAAACUGGUACACUGACAGAAAAGAGUGAUGUGUACGCGUUCGGUGUGGUGCUGCUGGAACUUCUGACCGGAAGAAAGCCUGUUGAUCAUUCGUUGCCCAUAGAGGAGCAGUCCCUUGUGAACUGGGCGAAGCCACAACUGUCAGAUAGAAGAAAACUCCCACAACUCGUUGCUCCAACUCUGAAGGCCCACUUGAACCUCAAACAUCUGUACCAGGUGGCGGCGGUGGCAGCACUGUGCGUAUGCGAAGAGCCCAGUUACCGGCCACUUAUUGCCGAUGUUGUGCAGUCUCUCGUUCCUCUGGUACCCAUGGAGCUGGGUGGCGCUUUGAGACCCGCGCAUGCACAUAAUCCCAGUGUUCCAAAAUCUCCGGCAGCAUCGGCUGAUCUCGCAUCCCGGCAGGUCAAAUCUAGAUCUCGCUCGUUCAAAAGUUCUGAUAACAUCCUCAUUACCUCAGUCUAGACCUCGCUGUCACGCACUUGCAUCUCUUGUCUGAGGUCGAAAUUCCCCUCUUGUUCUCCUGACAGCUGAUAGUCGAUGUAACGAUCGCUUGAUCUGUUAACGAAAACUCGACCUUUAGGCUCCCAUCCAGUACGAACGGUAUUACGAGAUGAGUCAAUCCUCAACCUGGCCAAACAACAUUUUUCUUCAGCCCUGAAGGCUAACAGCAAUUCCCCAGUGGACAUAAUAGAGGACGAAUCCUACGCUCUCGACUUCGACAGGGACAAAGCACAUACACAUGUAUAAGGCGAACUCUCUAUCGGCUGUGUCACUAAAGAUGAUUCUGGUCUUCUUCCAAGACCUUCUGAUCAUGUCCCGUUCUCUCGUGUACUGCUACUAUUUCAUACCCCUAUUGAAAGGGUUCUCAGAAUAUGCAGCACAGAAGAUAACGUCAUUGGAGAGCGGUCUAGUAAAAUUUCGAGCUCGGGAUCUAUUCCAAUGGCAGCAGAGUGAUGUCGUUAGCCUCUUCUCAGAUCUAAACGAUCGAUCGAAGAAUUUGACCGGAACGUAGCUCAUAUCAAUUAACACCAGAUCCAUGAUCGAGACUUCAGCAGGCGGCGUGUGAAGACAUUCACAGUUCGGAGAGUAGGCUCAAGGUCAGCCCGAGCUGGAACUAGCAGGCAUCCAUGGGGUUUCCUGUAUCUUGUUUCAGGUUUACAAACAGGAUCAACUUUCUUCGACUCGACCCGGAAAGUACCUCAAUGCAAACAUUGAGUGCUUGUUCAGCUGGAGCUGCGAAUUGUUAAGAAUCCGAUCGGUCAUGUUGUAGAGAAUUGUUACAACAGACCGGUCCCAUCUGCCGUAUACGUAGCGGCUCAGAGUCAGAUUCGCAGAUGAGUUGAACCGCCAACACAUUCCAAGUCUAUGUAAUAUGGCCAUUGCAACAACAUUCGUUCAUCAAAUCAUGCGUGGGCUCGUCGAUGAUCCGCAUGUAGUAAACGG